AUGUCGCGCCCCAGGACACGAAGUAGCACAGAGCAAGCGCGGCAUCGAUGGCGGCGGUUGACGGAGCUGACCAGCAGCCUGACGGUCACCCGCGUGCUCGUCGCUGGCGCGCUGCUGCGCGCGGUUCUCCUGCUCGUAUGUGCAUGGCAGGACGCCACGCUCGAUGUCCGAUACACGGACAUCGACUUUGACGUCAUCAUGGACGGUGCACGCCACGUCGCGAAGGGCGGGAGCCCGUACACCUGGGUGCCGGAGAGGGGCGACCUGGAGCAGUACCGCUACACCCCGCUCCUCGCUCUCCUGUUCGCGCCCACCGUCGCGCACCCCACCCUCGCCAAGGCCACACUGUGUGCUGCCGACCUUGGCGCGGCAGUCUUCCUGGGAGCCGCGGCCCGCCACGCCGCGCCGCCGUCGGCCGCGGACCAGUCCCUCUGGCGCAACGUGGCGAUGAUUGCGUGGCUGUUCAAUCCGUUCACGGCCACCAUAUCCACCCGGGGCUCCCCGGAGUCCCUCGUGGCUCUGAUGCUCGCUGGGGCGCUCGCGCUGCUGCUCCCCGCCAGCGCUGGCAGGCCGACGCCGGCGGACAGGGUGCCGCUGGGGCGCGCGGCGCUCGCCGGCGCGUUGUACGGCCUUGCGGUGCACUGGCGGCUGUAUCCGGUGAUCUAUGCGCUGCCCACAGUGCUGUACUUCGCGCGCCGCGGCAAGGCGGUGCUCGGACUGGUGACCCUGCGGGGUGCCGUGUUCGGCGUCGCGGCUGCUCUGGCCGCGGGGUGCGCGACGCUCGGCUGCUACGUGGCGUACGGGGGGGAGUUUCUGCAUGCCACGUACUUCUACCAUUCGUCGCGGCGAGACCCCCAGCACAACUUCUCCGUGUACUUCUACCCGACGUGGCUGACGAUGAAUGCCGACGUGCCGUGGCUGCCCGCGCUCGACAGAUGGGCCUUCCUCCCCCAACUGGCUGCGACGGCCGCUGUGGGCGUGGCCUGGCGCUCGGAUCUCGUCUGGGCCUGGCUGCUGCAGACAGUCGUGUUCGUGGCCCUGAACAAAGUCAUCACCGCGCAGUACUUCGUCUGGUGGUUCCUCUUGCUGCCGGCGGCGCUGCCGAAGAUCGCCGACAGGACCCUUACGGGGCGCGCCGUCGCCACCUGGGCGGCGGCGCAGCUGCACUGGCUCCUGUGGGCGUACGUGCUGGAGUUUCGCGGCGUGGAAGCGGUGCGGCCCGUGGUGUGGAUCGGGAGCUUGCUGCUCCUGUGCGCGCACUGCUACCUCGUGUGGGCGCUCGUUCGCUCGUACGACGCUGGGGCCGUGGGGAACAGGCGAAAGAGGAUGUAG